CUAUAAUUUUUAAAAAAAGAAAAAAAGAAAUAUUAAUCCUAUAAAAUGCUAUUUUAUUCGUUUUUUAAAACACUUAUUGACACACAAAUAAUCGUAGAAUUAAAAAAUGAUUUGUCUAUAAAAGGCAUCCUAAAAUCUUGUGACCAAUUCCUAAAUCUACGGAUUGAUGAUUGUCAAGUUUUAGAUGAGUCAAAGUAUCCACAUCUGAGCUCUGUAAAAAAUAUGUUUAUUAGAGGAAGUGUUGUUAGAUAUAUACAUUUGCUUUCAGAAAAUGUAGAUACAGCUCUUCUUGAAGAUGCAACUCGUAGGGAAGCUCAAAUUCAAAGUCAAAAAAAUGAACGAUGACAAUAUCAAACAAUACUUUUAUUAACAAUAAGGAUACAAUUCAC